AAAUGCAAAAAGUGCAGAUUGGUCUGAGGUCACAGCAAAAAUUUUAUCGAAAUGUGAAUGGAGCGGAGAAGCCGGUUUACGAACAGUUUCGUAACGCCGCCAUUUUCCCAAAUAUUAUGGAAGCUGAAAAUAAAUCUAAAACGGAGUCUUCCAAAAAUUUCGCACAGAAAGAGAAAAUCAAAGAACGUGUAUCUGUACGAUUUAAUCUGCAAUUAACUGACUCUACCGACCGGUCGUUCCCUGAAUUUUCAUAUUUAGAACUUCUUGGCACAAAUGUAAGUCUGUGACUAUCUGUUUUCAGUAAGUCAAUGUGUAGAACAACGAGUGUUAAACGCUGUAUUUGUUCUCACAUAGAAAAAUAAGAAGAAAGACGACGACAUUUUGCAUGAUGGAGAAUGCAAUGUGGAUGAAAUAAGGGCCUUAGCUAAAAAAUUUGAAGAUAAAUAUGUAAGUUUAUGUUGUGUGUACUGUGAAAUUGUGUACUUAGUUUUGUUUAAAAAUUAUACAAAAUUAUUGUGCUUGAGUACCUCUACUCCUUCAAACAAUUUGCUUUGUUUGUUGGUUACCCCGCUUUUACCAUGAUAGAGGUCCAAUUACAUGAGGGCAACUUGUAAAUGAAGUGUGUUUUUUAAACAACAUUUAUAAUACAGGGUCCUAAGAGUGCUGCUAAGAAAAGUAAAGGACAUAAAAUUGACAGAGUUCAGGUAUUUUAUCACCUACUGUAACUUUAUCAAUUUAUUGUUUUACCCAAGGUCAAUUAUUAAAUGAAAUACAAUAUAGGUGUGACAUAACAAUUAUUAAUAAUUUCAUGACUGGCAGUCUGCAAAGUACAGUACAUUGUAUACCCUGGAAUUUAUGUUGCACUUCAUUCAUAAAUGAAAGUUAGGCAUCAUGUAUGUAUGUUUUGGUUUUUAAUGGGCUGUUCUUAUGAACCUGCAGGCUAGCAUGAGAACCGGGCAACACAGUUUGCUGGGUUCCCAUUUGAGUGAGGUGAUAUCAGUCCGAGCUUUCUUGUCUUGUAUGAAUGCACAUGCUGGGAAUUUCUUAUAUUGGGAUUUCUAAUACCAUAUGAUCGAGGCAGGUUAGCCCUCCUCACAUGCUGUUAUAUUAGGCGUAAUACCAUUAAGGUUUCAUAUAAGUAAACUAAAAUACAAAACUACAAGAAACAAAAUGUCUGUAUAUCAUUUUAUAUAUAGUGGGGUGCCCCAUCCCAUCAUUCAGGGGCUCUGCUAAUCUAUGUAAAUAUUAAUGUCUUGACUAUAAAUAUUAUACCAUUUUUUCCCUAACAAGUUUCAAUCAAUAUCUCCAGUUUUUUUAUCAGUCCCUUAGAUAUCUUCGAACGGACUAUUGGUUCUAGUGAUUUUAUUGGAAUUGUAUCUGGUGUAACUGAGGGGGGUUCAGGUUCAGGCUGGUAAUCAUGCCCUGCCAUGUACCACUGGUUCACAUCUACAGUAUAUCUGCACUGUCCUUUGGAACAGAUAUUAUAUAUGUCUCUUCUACCACUUUCGUCUGGAACCAAAUAUAAUCAUGAUAGAACCUUUGGGAUGCCAUAUAGCUGGUUUACUGGGUCAUUCUGGCUCAUAGAGGAGCCCAAAGAGAACAAAUGAUUACCUCUAACCUAUUAAUACCCAGGACUUUCCCCUACAUUAGUAAAAUUGUCAGCAUUAUAAAGGCUGUUUAAUAGACCAUGCUCCAUUUUUUGCAUACAUGGUACAUAUAAAAUUGGUACCCCUACCAAAUUUCCUUGUGUAGUUGUAGCCCUAGCACUGGUCCUUAGGCAUUUGAGACAGUUACCUAUUUGUAGCCUACCAAUGCUUUCAUGAUUGAAAAUUAUGGUUACACUUUGUUACACAGUUAUUAUUCACAGGCUUUCAGAAGUUAUUUAGGGGGGGGGGGGAAAUUAUGGUUACACUUUGUUACACAGUUAUUAUUCACAGGCUUUCAGAAGUUAUUUAGGGGGGGGGGAGGGGUGCCCUCCGGUGUCAACCAUCUUUACGUUUUGCCAAUAGAAGCAUUCCAAAAGAUUUGAUCAGUUCAUUUUGUAACUUCAAGUAAUUCAUCUGUUCAAUAUACCUCAAGAAUUUGAUAAAGUUCCUAACUUGACCAAUCAUAUUUAUGUAACAAUUCCAACUGGCCAUGACAUGUUAUUGAAAGACUUUAAUUUAAACUUUAAGUGGUCCUGCUCCCUGAUGCACCCUAGUUUAUUAUUGUACUCUGUUUCAGAUCUUGAAAUAAGGUUUCCAAAGUUCCCAAUCAGCAGUCAUGAUUUUUCAUGGUUGAAAACCCUGUUUUUUUGCCGAUCAUAAAUAAUUUCUUGCUGAUCAUUGAUUGGUGAUUGGCUGUUAUUUCAUUUUGAGAAAAAAAUAUGAAAAGUUCUUGUUUAUUAAUGCUAGUUUUAUUCUUAAUAUGCAAUUCGAUCAGCUUACUGGCUGCAAUGUAUUUUUCAAUAAUAAUAUAAUAUUAUAAUAAUAAUAAUCCAGCUAUCUAUCUAUUAAAGUGUAAAUAAUUAUAGAUGCAACAUUUGACAUUGAUUGUCUGUCUUAUGUCUGAUUCACAAUUUACACUUGAUUUGUAAACAAUACUGUUGUUAAAUUAUUUGCUUUUUUUUAUGAAUGGUAUUUUAACGAGCAAAAAUUCUUAUUGGUCAAUUUACAAUCAAGUUAGUAACUUUUUAGGAAACUCCAGACAAUGUUAGGAGAGGGAGGAGGCACUUGUUGGGUUAAACACAGAAUUUGUGUGUCAUAGAUGUACCUAAUAAACUGGUAAUAAAUAUGUUAAUAAAUUUUUUUUAAGGAUCUAGUUGAUGUUACAUAUGGUUAUGAUGUGACAGAUUCUUUUGUUGAUGAUACUGAAGCAGUAUGUAGUAUUAUUCAAUUUUAUAUUUCUACUGCAGCUCAUAGUUAGCUGUACUGUACCUGUGAUUGUCAGUACAUAUCGGAGGUACAUGUUAUAAAUAUAAAUUAUUUUAUAACCCUAAAUUAUGAUGUGUAACCAUUGGCAUUGCAUCCCAAUAUUUUAAGUGGCAUUGUAUCCCAAUGUUGUUGUACUCUCUUUUAAGUGACCCCUCCAAUAAGGUCCCCCACCCCCUCCAAUAAGGUCCCCCACCCCCUCCAAUAAGGUCCCCCACCCCCUCCAAUAAGGUCCCCCACCCCCUCCAAUAAGGUCCCCCACUUCCUCAAAGGUGCCUGAAAAAAUAAGCCAAUGGGAGGGGACUUGGGCCCUGUUUACAUGAGACCGGAACAAAGUCAAACCGGGACCAUUUCGUUUCGGUCAUAGUAUUAUCUAUAAUAGAUGUUUGCAUGAAACCGAGACGAAAAUAACUCAGACCGGUCUCAAGUCAUUCCGCCUGCUGGACCAAACUGACUGACUUCAGACCGGCAUGAAUUCAGACCGGGAUGAAUGUAAACACAAAUAUACAUUUCAGACCGGUCUCGGCUGUAACCUUGACAUUGGAACAACACAUGCUAACAAAAGCUAUCUGAAAAAGAAAAUUGUCUUGGAAGGGGAAUAAAUUGAAAAUUUUGUGAUCUUUGUACCGGUCUCAAGUAAACAUGUUGACAAUUUCAAUUUUCAUUCUGUUUGACUACGUCCCGGUCUCAUGUAAACGGGGCCUUAGUAGAGAGAUUAUGAUGGAACUUGUAGGAAAUCAUUAAACUUCCAAACAAAAUUUCAAAAUCUCAGGUUUCCUGUUUGUAAAUGCAAACAUAGUUUGUAAGCAUGAUAGGAUUGAAAUAGCAGUUUUUUCUGCAAAUGCAUCAUUUUCUGCAAAUGCAUCAUUUGCUGGUUUUGAAAAAAACGUGUACUGUAUUUUUUCCAGUUUAUUGGUUAAUUGUAUUAUUGAUUAACUGAUUAUUGUACACAUCAGCCUUGUACUAGUAAGAUUUGUUGGAGGUUGCAAAAUGACUUUUGUUUGUGUUUUGUUCUAGUAUGAUGAGCUUGUGCCUGCAGACUGGACAACAGAACAUGGUGGAUUCUAUAUCAAUAUGGGAGACCUCAACUUUAGACCUCUUUCAUCUGGUGAUGAGAAAAGGUAAUGAAACAUGGCAUCUUGAAUUUGCAUUGUAUGAUCAGCAGCAAUGCAUGCGUUCCCUCUACUUCAUUAUUUUACUCUCUCCAGUGAUGGUGAUUUUAAAGAACCCAAAAAGAAGAAAACUCCAAAGGUUUGUGUAAAUCUACUUUAAUGUUUGCAUGAAUCUGGGUUUUUUUUUCAAAUUGACAGUCUUAUUUGUAAUAGAAUUUUAUAAAAUGAUUAUAACUUCAAUUGAUUAAAUAAUAAAGUAGCAAAUGCUUCUUCGUAAUGAUUCUCCUCAGGACCACACUUUUAGCCAGAAGGGCGUCCAGGUGGCGAGGGACGCCCCAAGAACAAAACAAGGACGCCUUUGGACACCCAAAUUCUGGGAGAAAAGGGAAAUUAUUUUCAAUUAUUUUCCUAAGUAUAUUAAUAUAUCUGAAACGAAAUAGCUUCAAUUCUCAUUAUUAUUAUACAUUUCACAUUUUGAUCAAUUUGAUGGUGUACCUGGCUGAAUGAAAAUGUCAUAGUUAGGUAAAGAAGCAUAGCUGCACAAACUCACAAAGCCAUACAUGUGUGUUUGAAACAUUUCGAAUGAGCUUGGAACAGAUACUGACAUGAAGUAAUGUAAACUUCAAAGGUUUUCCAGAGGAACAUUUUCUCAACCCCCCUCUUUACUAUAGAUGUAUCGUUGCUGUCUGUAGAUGUAACUGUUAUUGUCUGGUAUUAUGUUCAAAAUAUCGUAUUUUUAUGAUAUAUGUAGCUACAGAGUAAAACAUAUACUAGCUGUAAUUAUACAUGUAGAUUAGACUGCUGAAUUUUGUGCUGAAUGAGAUAUUCUGCAUAUUUAUAGAAAAAAAAUAAAGAAAAUAAAGAGAAGAAACUGAAGGAUGGCAAACGAUGUCUCUCAAGUACGGAAAAAGAAAAAAGCUCCAAAAAGAUGAGAUUAAAUAGGUGUGAAAUCAGUAUUUUUCAUUUGAUUUAGACACAGUUUUGUAUUGAAGCCAGGCCUCGAAUUUCCCUGAAAUCAAUCGACGGCAAUGGCACAGAGUAGAGACAUACAGAGACGUAACUAGUGUACCCACUUUUUUUGUGCGCAUGCUCGGCAAGUUACUAGAUGCAUGCAUCUGAUUGGAUGACGACCUGAUGACGACUCACUUUAAACUUGCUGAGCACGCGCAGUUGAUCAUUUUUCGCCCGAUCGCCUGAAAAAAAGUGGGUACAUGAUAACGUAAUCUUCCGCAGUGUUUACAACGGUCAGUUACGUCUCUGUAUGUCUUAUCUACUCUGUGGCAAUGACGUUAAAAAUUGUCGUUGAACGCGCGGCUGUCUACGGCAAUUUUGGCAGUUUCCACGGCAUUUUUUCAAAUUAAUAAAAAUUUAGUUUAUUGUUACUUUGGAUUGUUGACAAGCUAGAAAAGACUAAAAUAGUAAUUUACGCAUGAUUUGAUCAACAUUUGAAUUCAAGUAUCAACAUAGUAAUGCACAGUGAGUAGUAUAAAAAUUACACUAUACGGCAAAAAAUUGCCGUCGUUGCCGCAAUAAUACACGACAUUUUGUUCUCCCUCUACGGCGAUUGCCCCGAUAAAAUUCAAACCCAGAUUGAAGCUGUGUACAGUUGCUGUAUGUUUCUAGUUACAAUUUACAUUUUGUGAAAUGAGUGUGACAAUAGUGUUUUACCGUUUAUAUUCGAAAACAUGACCCAAGUAGAGUCUUGCAUAGUUGAAAGUCUCUGCACAUGGAAAUUUUGAGCGAAAACUAUUCAAACUACUAUAUAUACAGUGCAUAUUUUACAACAAAGCAGGAGCAGAUGCAAGAAAUUAAACUAUGACCUGGUCGGACCUGCGGCCCUGAGAUUCCGGUGUGGAGCACUGACCACUGAGCUAUAUAGAGUCCACUUCACUUGCCAAGUGCUAACCACAAGUUUAUGUAUGUAUACUAGGGUGUUGUUAAUGUGUGGUAUAAGGGUGAAUAUUCUAAAUUGUUGGGCGAGAUGCUUAAUGGAAGAGAGUGUUGAAGGGUUUUUGUAGAUGGAAAUUUCACCUUUUUUAGUUCCUAUAACCGUAGUUUCCAUAGCUUAUUACGUAUAUGUUCACCAUAGGAAUUGGAGUAAAGAAUAACCAAUACUAGUCCCUUCUAAUUAUUUAGGCCACACAAUGUCGUCUUACACCAGUACUUGUCCAAUUACCUAUUUUACGCAAAAAAAUUGUAUAAUACAAAUAAUAAAUGUUUAUGAGGGCAAUGGUAAAAAUACUUUUAUGAGGUGGAAGAUGCAAUCUUUCAAAUAUUUUUACACUGUGCAGAAUGAAAAUUCAACAUUAUCGUAAAAUAUUCUUUGUUUGCAAUCAAGUGACUUUUCAUCCAAAUUACUGGCAAUCAACUCUUGUGGACAAUUUUUCUCCUAUCAGACUGGUUGUAUAGCAAGACGGUAAUUCAUCUUUCGAGUCUUAAACUGUCUCUAAACUCGAUCAAGACAUUAAAAUAGCCGUUUUUUGUUAAAACCUACAUGUCAACUGAAAUCCCAAAAUUACGUCAUUGCAAACAAAGAGUAGAUUUUUACACCAGCCAUUUCGUACGAAUUAUGUAUUUGAAUACAAUUCCAUCGGCCCCAUUAUGAAAAUUAGGUUAAAUGAGCUACGAUUACAUUAGGAUUUUGAUGGAAUGGCAUUUAACGAAAACUCAAACCAUGCAAUGAAACAAAACGUAUGUACAAAAAUGCACGGCUGGACCGUGCAAUGGGGCGUUCCCUUCCACAGUAAUGGUUCUUACCUCAAGAUGUUUAAAAACUCGGUUUUAACGAUUUUGUAUCAGUUUCAUUCAAUCACGGUUGAAGCUUGGGCCAUAUUACAAAACAAGCAUAUCAAGACCGUAUGCACGAAUCAAGAGCGGUCAUUGAUCAUCCUGUUGCAUUUGAUUUUCUGGACGUUUUGGAAUGCCAAGUAAAUUUCAUUGCGGUGUUUGGUAGAGUCAAACUGUAAACGUGCGAUUGUGGCCAACUUAUUUAAUCAGACAACCUUGUACACGAAUCCAACGCCGGUUGCAGAUGUGAAAAGCAUUUCCACCAACCUAACCUUGCAGAAUAAUAAUCAUAAUAAUCAUAAUAAUAAUCAUAGUCAUAUAGUCCUAAUCCUAGUCUUAAUCAUAGUCCUAGUCCUAAUCCUAGUCAUAGUCCUAAUCCUAAUCAUAGUCAUAGUCAUAGUCAUAGUCAUAGUCAUAGUCAUAGUCAUAGUCAUAGUCAUAAUACAGUGCGAUCAUGUGAUUGAAUGACGAAGAAGGAAAUGUUUAAAGAAGGAAAAGGAGUGUAAGAUCACAGACAUCGCAGUUCCAGGGGACUGUAGAAUUGGUAUAAGAAACAGAGAAGGUAGAAAAGUAUGAGGAGUUGAAAACGGAAAUUCGGAAAAUAUGGGCAAUGAAGAAAGUACAUGUGAUUCCAAUUGUAGUAGAUGCCUUAGGAGCAGUUAGUAAUAAACUGUAUAAUUGGAUUGAGAAAUUGGGAAUGCAUAUAAGAAUAGAACUUCUUCAAAAAACAGCAUUGUUAGGGACAGCAAGAAUAUUGAGAAGAAGCUUGGAAAGCUAAAAUCUUUGGGACCUGAGGCCACUGAUUGUAGCCAGCUGUGAAAAACAUGUGAUGAUGAUGAUAUUCUAUGCUCAUGGCGCUUGUACAUAAUAAAUAACAAAGCAUAUAAGCUAUUACUAUAAAAUAUUUAAAAAGUUAUGGAUCAUAUUUACAAAUAUAAAGAGCCACUAUUUACAAAUGCUUCGAAAAGAUAUAUCUUGAGAGCCUUUUUAGAACUGUCUGUUGAACUAGAGCUACGCAAUGCCAUUGGUAAACUGUUCCACAGUAAGUCUUUGUGAAUGACCUUGGCAGAUUUAAAAGCAUGUUGACCUUGGCUAAUCUAAAAGCAUCCACAGUAUCCCCCACCAAAGCCACUAAGACUCCUAAAGAAUGCUCAGUAUCUCCAUACAUUCCCGUAUAGCUUUUCAUUUACUGAACUGAGUAACGUUUCUUGUUUAGUGACGAAAAAGAGAGCAAACUACAGAAACUGAAGAAACGAAUGAAUAUUGAUGCUGGGAAAUUAGACAAAUCAAAAGAAACAACAUCGGAUACCGUUACUCAGCGAAACAAACCAACUAAAACAUUAUCAAUUGAAAAUAUCACUCUUCAAAGUCCAGUAAUAAAGCUUGAAAAAAAUAGCAUCACUGAAUUACGGAAUUCGGUAUCAAGCAAUAACCCGACUAGUACUCCAGUGGAGAACAGUUCUAUUGGUACAGAGAAUGAGAACAGUUUAAGUAAUAGUCUCUCAGUGACCUUACCAGAUGGUUUACCACCAUCAUUAAUAUUGAGCAUACAGAAAUUGAUCGAAGCCGCACGUAAAGCUGGUGGUGAGGCUGGAAAAUGUAAAUUCUUUAACUCUGAUGUCAACAGAAUUCUGCUACAGUAAGUGCUUGAUAUAUCUCAUUAUUAAUAUAAAAUAAUACUUUUGUAGUGACGUAGAUGUAAUAUUUCAAAUCCGACUAUGAGAACUGGACGAGAUUUCAAGUCCGCAUAAUUUGAUCAAGUCCGAGGCGAAGCCGAGGACUAUAGAUUAAAAUGCGAGGACUUGAAAUCUAGUCCAGUCCGAAUUGGAGGAUUUGAAAUGACAUCUCGUACGAAUAUAUCACUACUUAAAGUGAGGUGAAUUAAUUUUGAUCCAGUCCAAGGACUGAAUUCAUUUUGAUCCAGUCCUAGGACAGGAUCAAUACACUUCAUCAGGUAUCCAGUAUUAUCAUGUGAGCAAAAUAAAGCAAUAUGGUUGGCUAAUUCACUCAUGAAUUAUUAAUGAGUUUGAGAUCUUACUUUGGUCAAUGUUAGAACUGUGGUGUCUUCCUUCUUAACAAGGUUACCAUUAUGUCACCAGGUUACCAAAAUUAAUAUAUGUCACUGACAUAAUUACCAUUCGAGGAUCUGGGGAGCAACUUGAAGCUGGAUGGGGCACUAUUUUAUACAAGAACAUAUAUUUUCAUUAGCAAAGGGCACAUUUUAAUGUAUAUAGAAAAACGUGCCUUCUUUGAAGAAAUUCUGGGAGGGGCACAACCCCUGGUUCCUACUUUACCUAUAUAGCAUUAUACAGUAUAUAUAUAUAUAUAUAUAUAUAUAUAUAUAUAUAUAUAUAUAUAUAUAUAUAUAUAUAUAUAUAUAUAUAUAUAUAUAUAUAUAUAUAUAUAUAUAUAUAUAUAUUCGUAAUCCUGUAAGAAAUAGAAAAUGAGUCGCGUGCGUUUAUGCUGUGAUAAUGCACGAGGGGAAUGUUGGGAGAGUACGAGAGAUACGUGUAUAAAAACACGAGGUGUAGGCGAGUCCGUAAGUAAGUGGGAUGUGCUAAUCAUCCUUACUUGCAGCUGAGAGCUAAGCUGAAUGGACCAUUCCCCAAUUAACCAAAAUUUUGAACUCAACAAGUCUAGACAAAAAAGAGCAUCACAAAAUUAGUAAUAUUCCAAAGUUUCGUUGCAAAAUGUUGUAAAAUGCGGAUAAUAUAGCCUUGCGAAGUUUGCAAUUUUCAGUCAUUUUAGAUUACAAACGGGAAAUAGUUACCACUUCUGUGCGUAAUACAAAAUGACUGAAAAUUACAAACUUCGCAAGGCUAUAUUAUCUGCAUUUUACAACAUUUCGCAACGAAACUUUGGAAUAUUACUAAUUUUGUGAUGCUCUUUCAUGCUAUGAUGGAAUUUUGUCUAGACUUGUUGAGAUAAAAAAUUUAGUUAAUUGGGGAAUAGUCCAUUACGAGGGACGCAGCUCAAUCUGAGCGAGUCGAAGGCUUUCUAAGGGCGCUUAUGACAGCCAUCUUAUGACUCAUGUCAUGCACAGCUACGAUGGAAGGGUCAGUUAGGGGGAUAAUCCCAACCCACCCUGUCAACAUUCCCUGUGGGAGGAAACAGGAGUACCCAGAGAAAACCCACGACUUUUGGAAGUGCGUUGACUGACUCUUUUCACGUAAGUGUCAUGCAUGAGCCAUAGAUAUAUCUUAUAUACACUAGAUAGCGCAUCUCUUUUAGUAAAAUUGAAGCCAAGAAUAUUCCAGCGGUUACCCCCAUUUGAAUAGAUGGCGGCCAUGUUGGUCGUUCCCACUUGCUAAUAAACGCUUAAAAACAACAAUAACUUUCAUCAUUCGAAUAGUUUAAAAAUGUAUUUGGAAUAGGGUUAACUUAAUGUUUAAGUUUCCUGUUUAAGAAAUAGAAAACAUACGAAUCUUCUCAUUUCAUGGGAACGACCUGAGACUGCAAUCACGGCUUCAAUUUUUGAAUUGCAGAAUAAUUAGAUGCACUAUCUAGUGUAUAUAAGAUAUCUAUCCAUGGUAUGAACCCACGAGAAUCGAACCCACGACCUCGAGGUGAAAGGCGCUUGCUCUGACUAUUGCGCCACCAAAGCCCCAAGAGUCGACAUCUUUUGUUAGGUUAUGUUGGUAAUCCGAUAUGGCCAAACGAAAGUAAAUCAGUUAAUUAAAUGGUGAAUUACUUGUCAGACGAAUUAUGUUUUUUUCUUUUUAGAAUUGAAACAGAUUCUAGAAAAUUAAACUGCAGAGCAAGAUCUGUGAGUAGUUAUUAUUAUUGUAGUUGAGUUUUCCUGCGAGUAUAACAUGUUUCGUUUCUCAAAUGUGAACUUCUCUAAGAUUUUCUUGUUGCUAGUGUAUAGUGCAGGGUAUCAGAUUCGUUCAACUGAUGGGUUUUGUUAUGAACCUUUCGAACAUUUUCAUAUGUGAAAAUGCACGAAUUCCAGCACAGCUAUAACCGUACGAAUUUCUAUGUGAACAAUUAGAGCUUGUCGAAUUUGCGUACGGUUCCAAAUUCUCGUCCGAUCGCGUGGUAGAGCUUAUUCUGCACUCAGUUGAUGUGGUGACGUCACACUGAGUUUCUGAACCUAACCCUGACCCCUAUAUAUAACCCGAACGUUUCAGACAAAUCUUCGGUGUAACGUCACUACCUCAACUAAGUGCAGAAUAGCUUUUCUCUUUUGCUUGUACAAAAGCUUGAGAAGAUGUCAAGAUUUUAAUUGGAGCGUACACAAAGUGUAAGAAACUAAUGUGCAAGUUAUAAAGAUUGUAAAUAUUUCCAGAUCUAGAGCUUCUCCAUUGGUACUGUAUUGCUUUACAAAAUUAAUUUGGAGUGAAUUUUGAGCAUCUGCGUGACUACGUUGAAAGCGAAACUAUUUUACGCCUCAUUAUGUCGUCAUUUAAUAUACAGAAAUGUUUGUUUGCAGGCUGUUUAUGACUAUCUGGCUCUCUUCCUGCCCUGUACAAAAGAUACGUUGUUAAAGCGAGCGAAAAAUCUUUUCAUGCAAGAACAGGUUAGUAAUUUUUUUAGUGUAUGCAUGUAUUAUGACUGUAGUAAGGCUAAUCCCAUCAUUGCCAUCAAUAUCGUAGAAAUAUUGCUAUUCUUGAAUGGUAGUCGGUGCCCAAACUAAGUUAGGUAUCCUUAUAGGUAGUUUAAUAUAAGGCUUUUUUAUCAUUUGCAAAAUAAUUUUUAUUUUAAUAGGUUGGCAGAUUGAGAGAACCAUUGCUAAAAUUGCGUCUAGGUGAGUGUUGUUUUAGCUAAUUUGUUUAAAGGAAUAAAGCUGGUAAUGGUUCACAAAUUUAUAUGCUGUAGGUUAAAAAGUGAACUGUGCGAAAUUCGAAUCAAAGAAGUCUAUCCCAGUGUAGUUACUGUUUCUACCAGGGCGCUUAUAUAUAGCUAAGCGCGCUGGUUUCUACAAUUAAUAUGAUGUUAAUACCGAGAAAAAUUCGUCUGCAAAACCUUGUAUAGUGAGUGACUUACCGAAAUGAUUGAACUGUUUAGCUAUUGAAGCUGCCAUGCCUGCUCAAGUGAAGCAUUAUGAAGAGGAAGUCGCUAAACUUUCCGAAGAACAAGCUCUUCAAAGGUUAGUACGAGCGUUACUAUAAUUUUUCAAAUAAACAUCGUCAAAGGUAUUUGGCAUGGCAUGCCCGUUUAUUUCUACAGUGAUGCUUGGAUAAUGCUUAUAUUUUCUCAGUGAUGAUAUAAUCUCGAGCGGUUCUCGCCAUUGUAGGUAGAGACGAUAAUAAGAUAAAUGCGAAUACAAAUUCCUGAAAAAUACAAGCAGGACGUCGACGUUUCGGGCAAAGGCCAUCAUUAUUCCAGUCAUCGUACUUUAAUCGUAUCGUUCCCCCUUGGAACCGUAUGUGUAGAACUGCUAAACCUGCAGACUUAACUAGCCUAACUAUGUUCAGAUCGUUUUUAUCAAGAACAUAUUUACAUGUAUUAAUCAGUCUUGUUACGACGUAGACACAUGGUCAUUACAUCGAACUUGAUCAUGUCAUCGAGUUUAACGUAUGAGAUAAACAUAGCUAUAAUUGCUUGAUUACUAAAUUAUAUUAAUUGUUCCUUACAUCAUUUCAAGGUAUUAAUGCUCUCACUCAAUUUUUAAGCAUCAUAAAUCUUAGCCUUGAUUUUCGAGUUGGUGGCAUAUGUUUAUUUAUGACCGUAGUUAUGUAUAUUUUAUUGUACAUGUAUUGUCUGUUGUUGUAUUUUUAAUCGGAGGAGUGCCUCGCAGACCUCGAGUCCCGUUCGCACUCCUACCGUUUGGUCACUAUCGAAUAAAGUGUUUUAAACAAAGGCCCUUCGUAGGUAACGUUAGUAACUCCAUAACUUCUCGAUGAAGCGCCAUCGCUCGAAACGUCGAAGUUCUGCUUGUAUUUUUCAGGUAGUUGUAUAUCCUCCAUCCGCAGUCAUCUUGUUCGCUGGUGACCAAUGGACCUAUUCCCUAAUGAACAAAAUUUUGAUCUAGAGAAGUCUAGACAAAAAUUUCAUCACAGCUUGAAAGAGCAUCACAAAACUAGUAAUAUUCCGACGUUUCGUUGUGAAAUGUUGUAAAAUGCGGAUAAUAUAGCCCUGCGAAGUUUGCCCGUUUUUCAGUCAUUUUGUAUUACGCGCGGGGAAUUGAUACCUUUUUUCAGAAAGCGGUAUCAAUUUCCCGCGCGUAAUACAAAAUGACUGAAAAACGGCAAACUUCAUUUGGCUAUAUUAUCCGAAUUUUAGAACAUUUCGCAACGAAACUUCGGAAUAUUACUAAUUUUGUGAUGCUCUUUCAAGCCGUGAUGAAAUUUUUGUCUAGACUUGUCUCGAUCAAAAUUUUGUUCAUUAGGGAAUAGGUCCAUUAAUUUAUCACCUUUAAGCAACAUAUGUUGUUUUUAAAGUUUAAACUAUUAUUAAUAUGAAUGUUGCUUUUUAACAAAGAUUUCAAAACGAGCUUUAGGGUAGACUUGCUCCAAGUCUCUCUUUCGUUGUCAUAUAGUAUCGAUCCACUAUAGUGUACAUUACAUGACGUAGUACGGAGGGGCGGAGCGAGAAAGAGAGACUUCUCAACUUCGGAAAAUCUCGGUUCAAAACUGAACCGAAGAUGCAAGACUUGCUUUAAUUGUUUUCUGUCAGUGUUUAUAUGUAUUGAUCUAGCACAGUGUAAAUAACAUGAGUUCCAUUGUAGUAAAUAAUACAGAAAGAAAUUGAAGGAAAACAAUUAAAGCAAGUCUUGCAUAAUUUUCGGUUCAGUUUUGAACCGAGAUUUUCCGAAGUUGACAAGUCUCUCUUUCUCUCUCCGUGCUACGUCAUUUAAUGUACACUAUAGUGGAUCGAUAUGACAAUGAAAGAGAGACUUGGAGCAAGUCUAGCCUUAGGGCUAACACGAAAUUUUGCAAAGCCUAGAAAUGUGACAAUGUCAAUGAUAAUACAGUUAAUGUGACAAUUAAGGAACUUGGAAUGACAUGAAUAUACAGGAUUUUUGGGCAUCCCACUCGAUACAAUUAAUUGUUGAAGGGAUUUGUAGAUGGAAAUUUCGAGUGGAAUUUUUAUACAUUUAUUAGACUUAACCAGAAGCAGUUGUGAACAAACCGCAUUCUCUCCAACUGCUUUACUGAACUAUCAUAAAAGUAUACAUAAGCAACUUCACGAGAUUCAUGACUCGUGACGAAAUUCGUGGAACUCGCCUCGACCGUCAUAAAGCACAGUUUCUUUUUCUUUGGUAACUUAAUCCAUGUUAUCGUACUGACGCAAACGGGUUAAUUGACGACUUGUGACGAAUUGUAACGACUCGUGAAGUGCGACAAUGUAGUGGGUAUGUAUAUGAAAUAAAACGAGCUGGCGUCUGUGAGUGUACUGGCGUCUGUGAGUGUACUGGUUACCUAAAAAGAAAACUCCUAUACCGUAAUCUUUUUCAGAUCUUUUCGACACAAAUAGACGUCAGUCUCGUACCCAGGACACCUGCGCGAGAUUAAAGGCAGUCUAUAUAUUUUAUACAACUACUGCCACUAGAUCCCACUGUUCGGUAAAUGAAACGACUUUCUACAUACUUGGUUAUUUUAUUUUAGCCAAAAACUUUGCAUUGAUACUGCCAAUCAAAAUGGAGAGAAAAAGGUUAGUUGUUGAAUAAAACAGAUGCAUAAGGCAGUUUUUGACUGAUAAGAUAUCAGUUUAAAACUACUUUUAUAUGUAAUUUGUAAUUUUCUUUCUAAAACUCUCACCUCUGUUCAUAGUAUAAAUUAUUUAAUUUUUAAUUCUAUAUAAUUAUACGGAAGGGUUUUUUCUCCUCAAUAAUAUAAUAUUGAAAAACCUUCCGUAUAAUCCUAUAGAAUUAAAAAUUGAAUAAUAAAUACUUUUAUUAAUUUAGUUUAUUGUACGAUCAUCCAGAUUAAAUUUUUUAAUUAUUUCUGACGUUUCGGCUACCUACACGGCAGCCAUUAUCAAAGACGUAUUACAGUUACAAAAAAAUUUACAGUUAUAAUAAUUUUAUCUUGCGUCAAAAAUGACGUGCGCGUGUUCGUGAUGUUGUUUGCUCGCGCCUGCGUUCAAGGCAUGAGAGCCUGCGUUCAUGCGUGAUUAGUCCAGCGUAUGCUCCUGGCAUAUCGCGUCAAAUGUUAAUGCUGUUUUCAUCGCAUUUUGUAAACCAACUUUCUAAGAACAUUCUCUCAUCCUCAAAACCGAAACGUCAGAAAUAAUUAAAAAUUUUAAUCUGGAUGAUCGUACAAUAAACUAAAUUAAUGGAAAAACCCGGAUUCAAGCCCUUCAGUGAAAUACUUUUAUAUCGAUUGGAGUACAGUGGUUUUACUUGCAACUAUUUCUUUCAGUGAGCUAUUUAUUUUAAAGGAUGAUGUAGUGAUGAAAGAUCUUGAAGUGGAUGGAGAGAAUGAUAAAAACGAGGAAUCUACAACACCCACUGAUGUCAAUGUACGUUUUGAAACAGUAAUUGUAAUGUGUAGUAUACCUCUAAUUACUGUGUAGAGAAUCAAUGUCUCUGUUUGUGUUUUCUGGGCACAUACAGUAUUAAGGCUUGAAAACAUUCAGUUAUUGUAAUCUACCCUUUUGUUCUCUGAGUUAAUUGCUCUUGGUGUGCAGCAGUCCUCGAUAAAAUGGAAGCAAAAUCCAAGCAAAAAAUGUUUGUUCUGUGUUAAAUUUAAAUCUUCAAUUACGACACAACCACUUAUGCAACAUACCAUGCAGUGCACGCUCAAAUAUAUGUUGAUGUGGUUUGAAUGUAAAGAGGCCCUGAAGAGUUUGUUUUCAAUGGAUCAAAAAACUGGGCUGUGCCGAACAUUUUCCAUGACUGUAUUGUACACACUGCGGGUGUAGUCGGGAAACUUUUAUGUUGUGACUUCAGCAUCGUACACCUUGUCAUGUACUUAUACCUUUUACAAAAUGCUACUGAUUUUCGUCUGGCUAAGGGUUCAACCCAUUAAGUUGUAUUGCGCCCCAAUGCGCCCUACUUUAUUAUAUUUUACUCUGUCUAACGCCGGAUUAUUUUUCUCGUUAAAAAGAGAGCGCUGGCGCUCAAUGGGUUAAUCAGACUAUCUGCCCAUGUGUCUAGUUAACCUAUUAAGUUAAUUGCAUUGCGCCCCAAUGCGCUCUACUUUAUUAUUUUACUGUCUAACGCCAGGUUAUUUUACUGUCUAUAAACGCCAGACAACUUCACUUGUCAAGGGAAGAGCGCUGGUGCUCGAGCAAUGGGUUAAUGUUUCUCUACCAAGUAAAAGUUUUGAACAUAACGAAACCUGGAGAAAUGUUCUUUUUCUUAACUAGGCACCCACAACACCAAGUGAAGAUAAAGGGAAGCGAGCAAUUUUACCAAAACGCUUUGUCUGGAAAGAUGACAUCAGGUUAGAGUUGUCAGGGAAGCAUGGGUAGCAGUUGCUGUUAGCGGACUGCCCGCGUUACUGAUGACUUAAGCUUGACAAUUUAGGGCGAGAGUAGGGAAUUUACUUAGGUUAGGUAAUUUUUUAAUUUAAAACUCUUGUAGGAGAGUGUGGUUGGUUCUUUGAGUUUCCUGUGUUUCAAGGGUUUUUCUCCGGGCCCUCCGGUUUUCCUCCGUUAACCCCUAGGCAUUAGUUGUCGAGUACGUGUAUCACGAGCCUCUGCAUGGCUCAAGUGAAUUGGUCAAGCACACCCUGUGUAAUCAACAAGAAAACACAGCUGUAAGAUUGCGUAUUUAACUACGUUUAUCUUGCCAGGAAUCUGCUUUGUGAUGUUGUGGGUAUCAAAGUGGAACUUUAUUUAAUGUCAAAGAGUAGAAGUACGACUGCCGAGGAAGCUUUGAAGGUACUAUACUUAUAUUUCUAAGAUCAUUCUGGCAUUCAAAAGGUGUAAAUAUGUUAAAUGAAGUGAAAUAAUUUUAUUUAAUAUAUGGUACAUGCAUUUACUGGAAUUUCUUAAUGAACCAAAUAUUGCCCCACCAUUUUAUCGUUGUGUUUGAAAGUGGUCCCUAAAUAUUAAAUUAGGAAUCUGGUAAUAGAUUGUUCGUGUCCAUCGUAUUCCUCCAUGUCCUGCAAACUGUUGUACAUGAUAAUUAGCCUUUAGACGAGUGGAUAUAUAAAAUUUGUAAACCAUGCAGCCCCCGUGAAUACCUUAUACCUCAAUAAGUGAAUAGUCCGGUCCUGAAACUGAUCUCGGCGUAAUCAUGUUUGCUUUCAGAAAGGUAAUUUCCGAGAUUUAAAGUACUUACUGUUAUUUGAUUUUUACUCAGGGCUUCUUAGAAACUGAAGUGCGUCCUCUAUGGCCCAAAGGAUGGAUGACAACAAGGUAACACAUUAAUGUUACCUAUAAAUCAGAUUCUUCCGUGGUGGCAGGAGAUAAUUCUCCAGAUAUCUAAAUGUUAUGGUUGUGGUAUAUUAUGGUUAUAGUGUAUUCAAGAUAACGUCUUGUGGGAUGUAGAAUCGUAUUAAUAUGGUGUAACAGUUAAUAUUUUGGCAUUAGCUGGAGCUAAAAGUUACAUUUUAUUUUUGAAAUGCCAUUUCUUUGGCUCGUCAGUGGAAUAGGCUCAAGCUUGUAGUAUAUUUGGUUUAACCCAUAACACUUGGAAUUACAGUAAGUAGGAUUCUAACAUGUUUCGUUUUAUUCAAUUAGGAUUUUGUACCGAGAAAGUAAACAAGCACACGCCAAGGUGACAAGUACGAUGUAAGUACUGCACUCACUUCAACAUGCACGUGACUCCAUUGGAAUUCCAACACGCGAUGUCAUAUUAAUUUUUCGUUUCAUUUUUUAGUGGAGUGGCAAAAGCAAAAAAAGGUAUGUAACGUGUUAAUCAAAGAUAUCCAGAGUAAUGUGGCUUACUUUGUCUUCGUCACACUUGAUAGCACUAAAUAUUCUCUAGAAUUUAGUGAGGGCUAUCCAGACUAUCCGGAGAAGUGUUUUGUGUGAAAGCACUGUUCUCCAUGGUUGCACAAGUUAGGGAGCUAUGCAUGAAGCCACGUUUUCUCCAUUGUCCAAGGGGCUAACUUCAAAUUCAUAUGCCAGAUAUGCGCUUUAUAUAUGUUGAGUUGGCCUUCGCUCGAAACGUCGACGUUCCAAACCUACGCUCCACAAUGGCUGGAUAUGCCAUCUCAGGAGGUCUAAACUCAUUCCUAGUGCGUGGUAGCACCUUCAGCACUACAUAUAGCCGCAUACUCAUUUCAAAACCACUCUUACUCCAAAUUCUGUUGUGACCCUGAGUGUUACACUUCACAUGGCUUUUCGCCUAAGUGCGUUGGAAGUUGCGUAGAAGGUGGCAGCGUGUAACAACGCCUCUACGUACCAUUCUUGUUGUGUUAAAUAUAAAUGGAUACUAGUACUCCAUUUGUGAUUUGUUUAUCGAAACGAAGUACUUUUUUGAACUACAGUAACUAGGCGAGCCCCGCCGUUCGCGUAUCACACUGUGCACAAUUGAAUACAAUCGUGAUUAUGUUAUUAUUACAGAUGCCAAACGACCCAAGGAAGAGGAAGGCAAGGGUCAAGAUUCCAACCACCAACAGGUAACUUCGACGAAAACUUAUUUCAGCAUAUUUCCAAAUAUAUCCCGGUAAUGUUAGGACACUUUCCUGUAUCCAACACGUGACUGAGUGUAGAGAAUAGGCAAAAGAAGUAUCAGAUGGGUUUUUAGUGGAUGGAAUUUCGAAGUUCGAAAAUUCCAUAUACUACUUUCGAAGAAAACCCAAAAAUCUUGAUAUUUGCCCAAAAUAAAUAUAAUUUUACGUUCAAUGCAAAGUAUUUUUAGCGGUCCGGUAUCCAUGAAAAUAAAGCAGUCAUUUUGGCUGGCGAGCUGUCCGGUUCUUCUCAUCCAGACCGCUUUGAAACUCAACCAGACCGCUCCGGCUUUUGCACCAAAACAAUGUGGAACAAGUUUUAAAGUAGUGAAACGAGCUUUAAACUAAAAAUCUGCUCCAAAAGUGUGUAAAAUCUAAAGAAAUAUAGCAUACCUUUAUUGUCGUUGCUGCUUUCCACUUUUCAAAUUUUGUCCAGACCUAGCAACCAAUAGAUAACAGAUACGUAUAUUGCAUCCCGUGUCUUUCGAUAGUUUACGAUGUUCAAUGUAUACUUGUACUUCAAUAUCGUUUCCUUCUUCGUAUUUUAAGGAAGUCUGUUCUUUUUCUUUAGGUCACUGCAAUGGCUAUUGAUCAGAAAAACAGCGAGGGAGUAAAACCUACGAACAUUUCAACCAGUUCAGUUUCUGCGACAAAUGAUGUAACAAAAUCCACAACUGUCACGAAGACUCCAGAUGCUGUACGGCCACAAGCAUUAAAUAUCCCAACAGAUAAACAAACUAUUCAACUAAAACCCAGUAUUCAAACAAAAACUGAAGCAGACGUUCCAGUUAAAUCUUCGGUGGAAGUUAAGUCUCAGGUGAAGUCCCAAGAUGAACCUCGCGUUAUAAACCCAUUGCAAUCCAGCCAGCUUGUAGGACAAUCUCAGAUGAAACUUCAGAAUGCAACUCAAAUGAAACUUCAGGGUCCAACUCAACUGAAAUCCCAGGCUUUAACUCAGAUAAAACCCCAAGAUCAAACCUUGCGAAGCGAAUCACAAGUUCGAGCUCAGGAAAUAACUCCGAGUGAACCGAUAGUGAGAACUGCAUUACAAGGUACAUUGCAAUGUAAGGGUGUAGAGAAACCUCGGAUCUCAGCACAAGGUUCUGUACUACUAGCAACUCAAAGUAAACCACAAGCGGAACUUUCAGAACAGAAGGAUCGUAAUUCCCCAGAUCAAUUGAAUUUAAAACAUCCCAGUCAGUCUCAAGGUCAAUCGAUUCAUGGCCAAACUCCAAGUCAAUCUCUGUCUUCAAGUCAUCCUCAGGAUCAUUCGUUGCUAAAACCUCAGAGUGCUGCCUUUCAAAAUCAAAUCAAAGAUAGAGUUAAACCUCGCCCGGAAGAAGAUGAAAGUACCUUGCGUAAGCUUCUAGGGCUAACCGAAGUUCAGAGUAAAGAUCAGUCGCAUAUACAGUUGCAAGGCCAUGUACAAAACCAAACUCUGGUUCAGAAAGUUAAUGCUCAGUUACAAGGACAGCCUGCACUUCACGGGCAACGCUCCACUGUACAGAAUUCUCAGAAUAAACCACAUGUUCAGUCACAUGUACAGCCCAUUACGCAACAAACUGGUCAAGGGAAAGGUCGAGGUCAAAUUUUGACUCAUGCACAUAAUCAGACCCAAGUUCAACUUAAAACUUCAGCAUAUCGUCAAAACCAAUUAGAAUCUCAGAAUCGCAUUCAAAAUCAGCUUCAGACCCUGACUCAUGCACAAGGUCAAGUACGGGGUCAAGGUCAACUUCAAGGUCAGUUUCAUACUCCACCACGAGAAGAUCAAGGACAUCCUUUAUCACAAGUUCAGUCCAAGUCUCCAAGUUCACCUCGUGUUGCAGUUCAUACAAACUCUCCCCAGCGAAUAUUACAAGCUGCAUUUAACUCACAGACAAAUAUGAAUAAACCAAAGGCUACUGGAAAAACGAUAUUAGAUUUUUUGGACGAAGUGAAUCCAUCACGGAAUACUCAGGCAUUUCAUAGCCCUGAAAACAGGCCGCUAAGCCAUGCAACGUCAGUAUCAUCUCCAUUACCAUCGUGUUCCUUUCAAAAUGUCUCACAAGAACAUCAAAUUUCUCCACCUCGAAAUAUUAAAACACCAAACAGUAUGGCAGUUUCAUCACCACCACUGUCUAGUCCGAACAGACACCCAAUAAGAAAUGUUUCACCCAUUAGGCAAAUGUCAAAUAAUACAGGAACAUUUGGCAAUAUCAGUCCACCAAAACGACUGUCUUCAUGCAGUUUACAGAACAUACCUUCGAAACUUAACCAAGAGACCCCUGCAUCACCCCGUUCACCAAGACAAGGUUAUAAUUACAUGAACAAGGUGCCAUCUUCGCCAAAUUUAAGUUGUCAGUUUCCAAUGCAACCGACUCGAUCCAGUCCAGAAAGUCAUCAAAGAACUUCACAUUUAAAUACACUUGCUUCAACUUUUAUGGCACUAUCAUCAUCAGAUAAACCUAACACACAAUUGACGGCUACGUCACUGCUGAACUCUCUAGCUAAGUAAGUGUUUUGUCUUUAUACUAACUACUAAGUUAUUUUAUACAUCAGUCUGAGAACAGUAAUAAUAAGUGUAUAACAUAGUCAUGCAUAGUCGACUUUGACAUUGCUAUUCACCAUAUUCUGAGGCUUGAUCUUUAGGCAGUACAGCUCGAUACAGCAUGCAUCACCGAUCAUUUUUCUGUCGCAUAAGUGUAUACCUCCUAUAGCUACAAUCCUGAUAGACCGUCUAUAAAACAUGUAAGAGUAGCGACAAGCGAGAUUAAAUCCUUGAUUGAUCAUUAUUUUCUCACUUGACAGCAUGUCUCAAAAUCACAUGUCACCGAAUUUACCACUGAUUGGUCAAUCGUCAAAUCCUCUUCAAAACAAUGGAGUAUCAAUAAUGAGUAGCAAUCCACUUACUAUUCCCUCAAUGAUGAAUAUGCAAAGUGUUCCAAAUAAUAAACCUCAGCCUGGGUCAGGUUUUCCUGGUAAUAUGAAAAACUUUGCAGGAAUGCCACGUCCGCAGUUUCCGAACCAACAAUCAAUGCUCAGGAAUAAUCUACCUACUGGUAAGUGUGCAGCUGUAGAAUAUCGACAAUGAUUCGGACAGCACAAACUUUUAACAAUUACUUGAUCAUAGAAUGAAUGUAUAUCAGUCUUCCCCUGCAUUCCAUCUUCUCAAUGUUCCAUCAAAUGUAUUUUAAGAUUACUGAUACAAAUGGAGAAGUGGGGUGUGACUUAUAACACAAGCUUCUCUCUGCGCUUUCAUAAUUGUAGCCAUUGUAAUGAAUAGAGGUGUCCAGGAAAAUUCCAACACUUUUUCGUUAAUUUUUGUUUUUAGAAUUAAAUGAUGGAAAUAACAGAAUUCCAAACUUCCAGCCAGCAUACAGACCAUUUUCGUAACGUUGUAUAAUAAUACCCUGACAACGGGGGUUUAAAUAGAGGGCCUUGUUAUAUUAGUCUAGUUAUCAACAACUGAUGCAAAGAUAAAGAUUGGCAUGUUAUCACAGGAGUGUUCUUUAAAAAUGUACCCUUUGCCGUUCAUUGAAGGCUUUUCGCAUGCAUCUGAUAGCUUUGGAAACAUUUUGCAAGAAGUUUGGCUUGUGUAACAUGGCCCUAAAUGUGUGUACAAUUUUGAAUUUAGAACGUAAGCUGUAAUGCACUUAAAUCCAUCUCAUAGUCCAUAGAAUUAAUGUUGCCUUUUGGUGCAGCAAAUCUACGAUAUCUCAUAAGAAACUCCACUUCGUACUUAUAGCCACAAAUUUCUAUUUUUUCCUAGGAUUUUUUAAUUCCACAAUUCAUCGAGAUGGAAUACACUUUCAGUUCGAUAAUUCGUCAUGAAUUCUUUCUUGGCCUGGGAGUCUCGCUCUCAUGAAUCAAGACGUAAGACGACUGGCUUACGAUUCAUGAGAAGAGGCUCCCGGGGAGAAAAGAAGAGGUUUGUGACAAUUAUCGAAGUGGUAUAUUAAAUUAAGUGGAUGAUGGAUGUUAGCGAAUAUUUAUCAAUUUCGCGGAAUAUUUAAUUUUAAUACUUCUUGGACAGUAAUAUUUUUUGAAUAAAUUGUCUAAUAUAAAUUAUUGCAGCAAUAAAUUUGGUCACUUUUUAAG